AUGUCAGACACAGAAGAAGGAGGAGUCGGUAUCCCCUUGAUGGAACCCCUGUCGCCAUCAACAUCGCCCGAGCCCCAGACUCGACCCUCAGGAUCCAAGCGCAAGCGUGAAGACGGAGACGAAGACGAAGCACCCGCUACACAGACCAAGGCCGCAAAGCGCAAGAAGGCGAAGAAUGCAAAGAAGGCAAAGCAGCCCAAGGACAUCGAGGAGGACGCCCUGGAUCUUGAGGCUGGAGUCAACCACGCCAUUGCCCAUAUGGACAGUCAGUUGCUUGCCGACCACGUCGCCCAGCGCACCAAGCGCUUCCACAACGAGUUGAGCGACAUGGAGUUGGAGGACAUGCACAUACCAUGUUAG